GUCUCUCGCUCUCUCUCUCUCUCUCUCUCUCUCGACAGAUCGCAUCUCUCUCUCUCGGCAAAACGGUUCCCCACGGCGUCUCUCUCUGUAAACCGCUUGCCUCCGUCGUGCUCAAGAUUUGGUAUGAGUUUGAAGGUUUUCCACUCCGAUUCUGAGUUUGAGGGUUUUCCAUAACUUUCUCUCCCUCUUCGUGAAGGCUGAUCGCCCAAAGGAAUAAGAGCAUACAGGUUACACCGUUUGGAAAGAUUGGUUCAGCUCUCCCUUUUCCAGAGGAAGAAGUUGGAAUGCUUUUUUCUUGCCCCAGAAACAAGUCGCUGCUAUGCCAACUAGGGGAUUGAGCAAAAUGAAAAGUCAUGGCUUUCCAUCUUGGGUGUGAAAGAUAUCCGAUAACAAGCAACCUUCCUAUCAUGCUUCUUGGCGAGAACUCCAUUCUGGAAACCCACUACGAUGUUUUAUCUGUUAAAGAAGAUGCAAGCUAUGAAGAAAUUCGUACAAGCUACCGAUCUGCCAUCUUAAACUCCCAUCCUGAUAAGUUACAGAAGACAUCUGAGACAUCCAAGCCUGACCAUGAGUCAAGGGAAAGAUUUUUGAAGGUACAGAGAGCUUGGGAAGUCCUCAGCAAUUUGAGCUCACGGGCAGUUUAUGAUGGCGAGUUGCGAGCUCUGAGGCAGGAUGCCGUAACUGCAGAUGAUGUCAAUUUGGAUGAUAUGAUGGUUGAAGAUGUUGGAGAAGCCUUGGAGCUCUUUUACCAGUGCCGAUGUGGUGACUACUUCUCUGUUGAUUCUCUGGAGUUGGAAAAUUUGGGGUAUGUAUUGUUGAGAGACAGGAAUAAGAUUUCUUUGCAGACGCCAGAUGCUUCACCUGCAUCGGUGGUUCUUCCUUGUGGGUCUUGUUCUUUGAAAGUUCGGCUAUUGAUAAAUUCGGAUAUUUGUGUUUCAAUUGAUGAUCAAAUAUGAUUAUUGUUUUCA